AUGUCAAGCUACUUCAAAUGUAAAAAACUAGGUGAAGGAACCUAUGCAGUUAUCUACUUGGCAAAAAUGGUCGAACAGGGAGAUUCUAAGCUCGCAAAGACAGACCCAACCAACUUUGUAAGCUACGUUGCAAUAAAGAAGAUAAAAAAGACAGAGCACAGCACGGGACAGGAGAUUAGUGCCAUACGGGAGAUAAAAGCACUUAAACGGUUGAAAAGCCCAUACAUUUUGGAACUAAAGGAAUGUUUUAUUCACAAGGGUUUUCUUCACUUGGUUUUGGAGUUCUGUGAAUUUGAUCUGGAGCAAGUUGUAAAGAAUAAGUCCAUUGUAAUUUUGCCAUCUGAUAUUAAGUCAUGGAUGUUCAUGCUGUUAAGCGGACUGCUGGAGUGUCAUAAAAACUUUUUUAUACAUCGAGAUGUAAAGCCAAAUAACUGUCUGAUUAAGGCAGACGGAACCUUGAAGCUGGCCGAUUUUGGAUUGACCAGGAAGCUUGACGGGAAAAUGACUGAACAGGCAAUAACACGGUGGUAUCGUUCGCCCGAGAUGUUGCUGGGUGCCCAAGCAUACUCGUUUGCAGCUGAUAUGUGGUCUGUCGGCGCAGUAUUUGCCGAGAUGUUCCUGAGGGUGCCGUUUUUUGCAGCUGAAAAUGAUUUCCAGCAAAUGGAGCUUAUUUUUAAGGCCCUGGGGACUCCUGACGAAAACGAAUGGUCAGAAAUCCGCGAUCUUCCAGGCUAUUUUGAAUACCAGCCAACCCAUGGUACAUCACUUGAACAGCUGUUCUCCGCUGCCUCUGACGAUGCUCUUGAUUUGCUGAAGAGACUGCUCGUGUUCAACCCAAACAAGCGUAUUACGUGUGUGGAAGCAUUGGGCCAUAGAUAUUUCCUGUCUGAUCCGCCAGCCACCCCGAUUGGCAAACUGCCAGUGCCUUUGAAUGAAGAAAAUAGGUCAGGAUCACAGAGAGUAGCUCAUUGGCAAUAUUCCUUAAAGUAG